UUAGUGAGAUCUGAGUGACGUCCUUCACUUCCAGUCCUAGAGGCAUCCUUAAAUCCUCCCUCCGGCCCCCUUCAGUCUCGCACAGGUGUACCAGCUCCUCCCCUUCAGUCUUGCACAGGUGUACGAGCUCCUCCCCUUCAGUCUUGUACAUGUGUACCGGCUCCUCCCCUUCAGUCUUGCACAGGUGUACCGGCUCCUCCCCUUCAGUCUUGUACAGGUGUACCGGCUCCUCCCCUUCAGUCUUGCACAGGUGUACCGGCUCCUCCCCUUCAGUCUUGCACAGAUGUACCGGCUCCUCCCCUUCAGUCUUGUACAGAUGUACCCGGCUCCUCCCCUUCAGUCUUGCACAGAUGUACCGGCUCCUCCCCUUCAGUCUUGCACAGGUGUACCGACUCCUCACCUCCAGUCUUGCACAGGUGUACCGGCUCCUCCCCUUCAGUCUUGCACAGGUGUACCUGCUCCUCCCCUUCACUCUUGCACAGGUGUACCGGCUCCUCCCCUUCACUCUUGCACAGGUGUACCGGCUCCUCCCCUUCAGUCUUGCACAGGUGUAUCAGCUCCUCUCCUUCAGUCUUGCA